AUGGCGGACAAAGGUGUGUCACCGAAAGAAUCCGAUGUUGAAAAUGAAACCCAAGAGGUGGUGCUAAAAGCAUCCCAAACCAUUGAAGCUGAUACAGCAUCCAGCGAAGCCGAAAAAGCGCCCACAGCGAAAUCUGCUGAUCAAAAUGAAACGGAUACCUGCAAAGUCGAGGAAACGACCAAAGAGAAACCCUCUGAAAAAAAUGAAACAGCAACCAGCAAGGCGGAAGUAACGUCUAACGAGAAGCCCGUUGUUAAAAAUGAAACAGAAUCCAGCAAAGCCGAAGCAUCGUCCGGAGAGAAUCCUGCCGAUAAAAAUGAAAUAAAUACCAGCCAAACCGAUAUAACUUCCGGAGAGAAAUCAGCUCUGAAUUGUGAUGAAACAGAUAUACCCGAAGAUGAAGCUCAGGAAACUAAAGUUGAACUUAAUGCUACUCCUGGUAAGGAAACUGAGACAAAAGAAAAACCAAAAAAGAUAUUCGGUUUUUUUACUAGGAAAGAGAGCAAAAAGGACAAAAAAGACAAAAAUUUUAAAGGUUUUAUUUUUAGACCAGAUCUUCAGACUUGA